AUGCAAUGUGGAUUUUCCCGUAAAUCUGCAAGAGAGUUAUUGCAACUUGUCACCGGCCCAUCUUCACGAAAAACUCAAUUGAGCUUAUGCGUUCAAUCCAGAGCAAAGACAAAUGUGAGUGGAGCAAUACUACGACUAAAUAAAGGAGAAAGUCCAAGGGAAAUUGAUUACACCAACAGCUCAAGCAUCACCAUCACGGUUGAACCUGAUUCCGAUUCAGAAGUCAAGGAUACUCCAAUUAACGUUGAAUGGGUAGAUGUGAAACUAUUUGUGGAUACAAAGGACGAAGUUGUGCAAGAAUUGAAGCAGUCUGGGAUCGAUUUCGCCUUUGUUGAUACGUUGCUGGAUGCCACGCAUUUCUACACAACUCAAGCCAUACCGAACCUGGCGGACUUCAAAAAUGCUGUUGUUAAAGGGAUACCCAUAGUUAAUGAUUAUUGGGCCAAGACUAUCAUCAGAAAACCAAAUGAAGUAGACAAGUGGUUGCUCAAAUGUGAUUACUCGCUAUACCUACCCAAUGAAAAUAGUGCCUACUUGCCCGAGCCAAAGAGAAAGCUUCUUGAUACAAAGUUGAUAUCAUUUGAGCCUAUUGAGUGGUUGGAUACGACGGUAGUGGAAAAGAGCGAAGAGGAUAUCAAUGCACAUGUGGGUACCAAUGAGUUCAUCUUGAUCAAUUCAUUUAACGUAUUUGGAUUCCAGGCUGUACAUGAAGCAGAUCUUUGGAACAAAGUCAUGUCCAAAAUGGUAGACUCCAUACCAACGAAUAGGGUAAAGGAGCCAGAGUCUUCACAGAAGAGGCCAUCUUCUGCUGAAACCCAGUCCGGUUCCAGAAAACGACGUAGGUAUGAAAAAGUCGACAAGCUUCAUUUCUUUUCACCAAGCGCCACGUCAGUACCUGUAGUUGAGAGCCAUGAAGGCACCCUUAAAGAGAAACAAGAUACCAAACCAAGUAUUGGUAAGCUAACCCCAAAGACGGCACCACCGAAACCAACAAAGGUAGAAAAAGCACACAACUCACCACCACCUGCACCAGAGGAAAACCUUGCUUCACCACAGCCUAAAAUUGAAGUCCCGGAGAACCCCAAAAAGAGGCGAAAUGAAUCUUUUACGGCACACAAGGCUCCUAAAAUUCCCAAAUUUGUACCCAAGGUAUCAUUUGCUGAUGCUGUCAUGCAAACUAAAGAGAAAACAAAGGAGUUAUGGGAGAGGGAAAUGGGCAUCCUGGAAGAGCCAGAGGGAGUCACGCAAAACUUGUCAAACCUAGCCAUCGUUGAAGUUGUUGAUAUUCCAAUAAGGAGAAGUCGAAGCAAGUAUCUCAAUGGAGCUGAUAAUGUAAAUACCGAGGGCAAGAAUUUCAAAAAGUUUGUCAAAAGCGUACCAGUAAAAAGACAAGUGACACGUCCACACAUUGACAUGGUUAUCGAGGAGACUACAAACUUGCUUCUACCUAAAACAAAGCACAACAGGCAGUCGACCAUGGAUGAGGACUUUAAUGGUGUCAUGAGUGACGUACGAGGGUACGAGCCGAACUUGUUUGUCGCUGAUGACGAGUCUGAUGACGAAUCAACGACACAACCAUUCUUUACAAGCCAGACAAAUACAAGUAGUGGAGACGGAAUUAGAGGACGUCGAAACCAUGUACCUGUUAAUCGUGUUGACCGAGACGACGACGCUGGCGAUGAUGAUGGCGAUGACGAUGACGAUGACGAAGAGGAUCAGCCAAGGUUUGGAUUUAGUCGGUAG